GUUUAUUUAAGAAAAUGGCUGACUCUUUAGCAAAGUAUGGGAUUUAUAUUGAUGACUUAAGUAAAAUACGUGUAUUAGAGCCAGAAGUGGCAAAUCAAGCGAAUAAACUUAAAGAAGAAUGUCAAAAUUUCAUUUCGAGAAUUACUGAGUUUCAAUCAAACUGUAAUGAAUUUAUAGAAUUAAUAAAUCAAUUAGCAAAUGAAGUUGAGAAAGAGAAAAUGAAAACGAUCGGAACCCGAAAUUUACUUCGAUCUGUUGCGAAAGAAAGAGACGCUCAGAAACAACAAAUUCAGGCACAAAUUGUUGAAAAAUCUAUGGAACUUGAGAGACUUCGUAUACAGUAUGAUUCUCUAAAAAAAAUUGAAAUGGAACAGAUAGAAACAAUUGAACACUUAACAGUCAAUUAAAAUGUACAUUAUAUUAGUUUCGUAAUUAUGAAUCUAUCUCUAUUUAACAUAUGUCUAUACAUCUUUAUACAAAGUUGUGUACAAAAAUCGAUUGAAGUAGGAAUAUAAGUAAAACUACAAAAAAAUAAUUGAAGUGACAUAUAUUAUGAAACAAGAUAUUUAUACAUAAAUUCAUGACGAAGUUUGCAGUUAAGACGGUAUCGGGGUUUAAACCCUUCUUAAUAAGACGGCAUCAAAUGUACAUACAUAUUGUGAAGGUUCUCAACCCCUGAAUCAGAAAGGCACAUUAGUUAAUUCUGAGUAAUACUAUGUACUGCUUCUAGUAUUCAUAUAUUACUGAUCAUUUUGAUAAUAGUGUUACUUAUUUUUUCGUUCGUAAGUUACUUUCUUUAUAAUUAUAAACAACGUUUAUAUAAUUACUCUUUACUAACAGCCGCAAUUACAUGUGAGCAGUUGUAGAAGGUGGAAUAACAGUACAAAAUUUGAAGCAAUCUUAGACGUUGCAAGUGAUUAAUUUAUAUAAUUAUUUAUCUACUAGCUAUAUUAUGUUAACUGAAUAAAAACUUUGUAUGUUUUGCAAAUGCACAAUUAUUAUUAUAUCGUAUGUCUGUUCUGUGAUAAAAGUACUGCAAUAAAAUUUCAAUUAUGAUAUGAAAAAGA